ACAACACUCUCGCAUCAAGCAGAGAUCCAUGCGGAAAAAUAUAUGAUCCUGAUAAGCAUUCCUCCCUCGUCACAGUAUUUUAGAUGGAUCAGUUACUUAAUAAUAUACGAGUCGGGCACAGAGCACAGAGUCGACACCAGAGAGUGCUGGUAUGAUUUUCUGUGAGUAAAAAUAUUUUUAUUCAAACGGUAACAUCUGGUGUACCUACCGCAUUAAAAUAUUUAUCAGUAUACUUCACUCACUCUCGUGUUCACCACAAUAAGUUAAGAUUUCCAAGAUCAAUUGUCUCAAAUCUUCCCUCCCCAGGUUAACAUUAUACUAAGAGUCAUACUAAACAACCAAGGUUCUUGAGGCUCUGAUGGAAAUUCCAGAAAAUUUUCAUGUUUUAUUCCUGCCAUACCUCACUCCAAGCCACAUGAUCCCCCUGGUUGACAUGGGGAGGCUCUUUGCAGCCCGUGGUGUCACCGUGACCAUAAUAACCACUCCACACAAUGCUCUCCUGUUUCGGUCCUCCAUUGAACAAGGCCUCGAAUCAGGCCAUCACAUCGCGGUCCACGAGCUCAAUUUCCCUUCAAGAGAAGUUGGUUUGCCUGAAGGAAUAGAGAAUUUCAAUGCCAUAACAUCCAGUGAAAUGUCCAGUAAGGUCUUUUAUGGGAUCAUGCUACUCAGAAAGCCUAUGGAAGAUUUGAUCAGGAAGCUUUCGCCUAAUUGCAUUUUUUCUGAUAUGUUUUAUCCUUGGACAGCUGAUCUUGCUAGUGAGCUCGGGAUACCAAGGCUUAUGUUUUAUCCAUCAAGCUUCUUGUAUCAUUGUGUUACACAUAGUCUUGGUAUUUAUGCGCCUCAUGAUAGUGUUGAGUCCGAAACAGAGAGUUUCUUGGUUCCAAAUCUUCCUGAAAAGAUUGAGAUGAAAAGAUGUCAGCUGCAAGAGCAUGUUAAGAUUAAAACAAGGUAUGGUGAAUUGAUCAAAGCAAUUAAAGAGUCUGAGCAGAAGAGCUAUGGUUUGGUUCAUCACACUUUUUAUGAGCUUGAGCCUGCUUAUGCAGAUCAUUAUGGUGAAAUCAAGAAAAGUAAGUUCUGGCACAUUGGUCCCAUUUUUCAGUUCUUCAAAAAGGCUGAAACUGAAAGAUCUAGUGGCUCUCCAUCUGAGCAACACUUUUGUUUGAGUUGGUUAGAUUCACAAAAGUCUGAAUCUGUUGUCUUCAUAUGUUUUGGAAGUAUGGUCAGAUUCUCUGAUGCUCAGCUUACUGAGAUCGCAUUAGCCCUCGAGGCCUCCAACACUCAGUUCAUUUGGGUAGUCCGCAAAAUGAUUGAAAAUCAAGAAAAUCAAGAAACGUGGUUGCCUUCAGGGUUCGAAGAAAGAAUUUUGAAAAAUAACAAGGGGUUGAUAGUCCGAGACUGGGUUCCCCAGGUGAAAAUCCUGGAUCAUCCAUCGACAGGAGGGUUCCUGACUCACUGCGGCUGGAACUCAGUGUUGGAAGCAGUUGUGGCUGGAGUGCCACUUGUGACAUGGCCUUUAUUUGCAGAGCAUUUUUACAAUGAAAAGCUUGUUGAGCUUCUUAAGGUUGGUGUAAGAGUAGGUGCUGAGGUCUGGAACUCAGGGUUUGAAAUCAAGAGUCCUCUGCUGGGAAGAGAAAUGAUUCAGAAUGCAUUGUCAAGAUUAAUGGAUGGUUCUGAUGAGUCCGCGAUGAUCAGACGACGAGCAAAGGAGAUUGGAGUCAAGGCUAGAGGUGCAGUCAUGGAAGGAGGGUCAUCAUUUAAUCAAUUAACUAGUCUGAUUGAAGAGAUUAAGGCAACAAUGAUAACAUAGGAUGCUUAUGGGGGCUUCUUUAGAUUAUUGAUCAUUUGUUGGGUACUGGUGUAAUGCACUUAAAUCUAUGAUCUGAAUUUAAAUAAUAUCUUGAAUAAGAUGCCUAUGGGGCACUGUUGGUUUUUAA